AUGGAGGACGACUUUCGGCCGCAGGUGAAGAUGGUGGCGGCGGCCAUGGGCGCGUCGCUCACUGAGCGUGACGUGGAGCACAUGCCCCCGGAGAUGAGAGCGCACGGAAAUUUCAACUACGACCGCUUCCUGGAGUACAUGAGGCAGUUCAAGACCUCGGAGCAGAGAGAGGACGCCAUCAGGACGGCCUUCACGGUGCUCGAUAAAGACGGCAGCGGAUACAUUGAGUGGAACGAGAUCAAGUACAUCCUGUCCACUGUCCCCGCCGCGGCUCCGUCCGCUCCUCUCUCUGAUGAGGAGGCGGAGGCCGUGAUCCAGGCGGUAGACGCUGAUGGAGACGGACGCAUCAACUACGCAGAGUUCUCAGAGAUGGUGAAGACGGAGACAAAGCUGGAGAAGAAGACGUCCUGUGUCUCAUCUGAGUGUGACGACGGAGACGAGAGAGGACGACGACCUUCGUCCUCCUCAGAGACG